AUGUUCGUUCCACCCGUCUCCACCGCUGCUUUGCACGCUUCGCACUCUCAUUUCCCAGCAAGACCGAAACCGCUGCAACCAGUCUUCACCUUUGCCCAGAGCCAGAGCUGCAUGUACCUUGGGAUGGAUAUGCUGGACCGAGCCGAAAAAGGGGACACCAGAGACGCCUGGGCUAAGAUUGAUGGCGGCAUUUCUCUCCUCUUACCGCAGACAGCGUACAAGAGCCCAUUGCAGCGCGCUGGGAAGGCAUUGCGGACACAGCAGGCAGGAGCACCUUGCGCAUCGUCUACUAAGAACAAUGCGACGGGUGUCUCUUCGCUAGCAGCCUCUAGCAGUGCCCUCGACCAGGUUCGUCUACCGCGUCAGCGUGGGCAACAGACCAUGGCUCCAGACUAUUCCAACUACUCUUACAAGUCGGUACCUGCGGGCCAAGGGCCAUCCCUACAGCAGCAAAUUUCAAACAGUGGUCGCAGCCGCUCUGGUAAAGACCAUGAAGAUGGCAGCGGUAUCGGCACAAUUUCCAAUGCCGACACAAAUGCACAAGCAGCGCAAUCUGAAGGAGGCAUAAGCUUACUUUCUUCUUCAUAUAGUAACCCGCGGACACAGAGGGCACCGUUCAAGCCGCAAAAGUCGAGUCGAGGCACAAGCAGUUGGCAGCUGAAGCAAUAUGCCGAGGCAACGCUGGGGAGUGGGAGUCUGAGGAAGGCGGUCAAGCUACCAGAGGGAGAGGACAAGGACGAGUGGCUGGCUGUGGAAGUGGUCGACUUCUACAACCAGAUCAACCUUCUCUAUGGCUCCAUUACCGAGUUCUGCUCGCCGCAGAGCUGCCCCGAGAUGAAAGCUACGGACGAAUUCGAAUAUCUGUGGCAGGACAACGAGGCGUUUAAAAAGCCCACCAAGAUGUCUGCCCCGGAAUACAUCGAGCACCUCAUGGCGUGGAUCCAAGCGAAUGUCGACAACGAGGCCCACUUUCCUAGCCGCAUCGGUGUACCUUUUCCCAAAUCGUUCGCCUCCCUCAUCCGCAAUAUGUUCAAGCGGCUCUACCGCGUCUACGCCCACAUCUACUGCCAUCACUACCCGGUCGUCAUCGAGUUGGGUCUUGAGCCGCAUCUGAACACGAGCUUCAAGCACUACGUGCUAUUCAUCGACGAGCAUGGGUUAGCGAGUGGGAGCAAGGACUUCUGGGGACCGCUAGGCGACCUAGUGGAGAGCAUGUUGAGGAGCGACUAG